UUCGCCCGCUUGCCGGUGCAGGAAGGCAGUCAGUUUGCGAGGAGCGUCUCGAGAGUGAGGGCCAUGGUGUCGGAGUGCUUGGUCGGACCCUCCAAAGGUGCAAAGUUUAAGUGAUAUGCGUGCAGAUGCAGCUGGGCGCCCUCGUGUUCACCGUCCUGUUGGGCGGCGCCAUCUUCGGCGUGCUGCCCGCCAGCCUGAGCAAGCCGCUGCGCUACACGGCGCCCGACGAGUGCCGAUGGGUGACACUCGAGCCGCCCCCGCCGUCCCCGGACGGGGCCCCCGCCGAGGAUGCCGUCCCCGGGGGUGGCGAGCAGCAGGUGGCACUGCACUGCCGCCUCAAGACCAUCAACAGCGAGCUGGAGCACACCAACUUCAGCGUGAUCCAGCCGCAGCACACGGCCCUUCUGCGGAUCGAGUGCAGCGACGCCCUUUUCUUCCAGAGCUCGCUCAGUACUGACAGCUUCCGGCCGCUGGUCGAGCUCAGGGAGCUUUCCAUCGAGUUCUGCAAGCUGGGAAGCCUGCCUUCGGGGGCCUUCCGCGGUCUCAAGCGCCUCCGCGCCCUGUCCCUGCGUACUCACAACACCGACUGGAGUGCCAUGGCCCUGGAGCUGGCCCAGGACGCGUUCACCGAGCUGCCGCAGCUCACCGCCCUCGACCUCUCCGAAAACAACAUGUGGACCCUUCCCAAGGGUGUCUUCUGUCCUUUGACCGCCCUGAGAACGCUCAACCUCACCAGGAACCGUCUGCGGGAGGUCAGCCACCUGCAGUUCGGCACCAAGGGCUGUGGCAACAACCUGCUGCAACUCGACGUGUCCAACAACAGCCUGGAGGCCCUGCCUGCUGAGGCGUUCGCCAACCUGGCCAUCCUCAAGAGGCUUCAUCUGCAGGGCAACGGCAUCAGCUUCGUCGCGGACAAGGCCCUCGGCGGGUUGCUAGCCCUGGAAGAGCUGAACCUGGCCGAUAACAAGGUGUCCAGCCUUCCACCCGAGCUCUUCGCCGACGCUAGGUUGGUCCGGCACGUCCACCUGGAAAACAAUUCGAUCAGCGUGUUGGCUCCGGGACUGUUCAGCGGACUGCAGCAACUGGUCGUGCUCAACCUGGGCCACAACGAGCUCACGUCCGAUUGGAUCAACGGCGCCACCUUCACCGGUCUGUCGCGUCUCGUCGUCCUGGACAUGUCGCACAACAAACUGACCAGGCUAGAGAGCUCCAUCUUCAAGGACCUGUACAGCAUGCAAGUGCUCAGGUUGGAAAACAACGCCAUCGAGGCCGUGCCUGAGCGGUGUUUCUCAGCCAUGUCGAACCUGCACACCCUGGUGCUAUCUCACAACCGGCUGACCACCAUCGAGGCCACCUCUUUCGCGGGGCUCAGGGACCUCUACCAACUCUCUCUGGACUCGAACGCCAUCAGGUCCAUUCACCCUGUUGCCCUAAAGAACGCGUCCGGCCUGCGAGACCUGCACCUGAACGCCAACAGACUGACUGAAGCCCCCAGGGCGUUGGUGGACGUGAAAAAGCUCAACACCCUCGACUUAGGUGAAAACCUGAUUUCGUCCAUUGAGAACGCCAGUUUCGGCGAACUCCGAGAGUUGUACGGACUGAGACUGACUGAAAACAAUCUGGUGAACAUCAGCAAAAGUGCACUCGCCAAAAUGCCGUCGCUGAAAAUUUUAAACCUCUCCAAAAAUAAUAUUUCGCGCGUGGAAGCUGCAGCUUUUGAUACCAACGAAAAUUUGCAGGCAAUAAGACUGGACGGCAACCAGCUGAAUGACGUAAACGGAUUAUUCGGAAAGUUGCCCAAAUUGGUUUGGCUCAACAUCUCGGACAACCAACUGGUCAAGUUUGAUUUCGAGUUGGUUCCCCGCGGACUGCAGUGGCUGGAUUUGCACGCGAACCGGCUGGCCGAGCUGACCAACCACCUGGACCUCAGUCCCCUCCGAAUCACCACCCUCGACGCUAGUGCUAAUCAACUUACAGAACUUGCGGGUAGUGCCAUACCCGACAGUGUGGAGCUUCUCUUCCUCAGUGAUAACUUGAUAUCCAAGGUGCAAGCUUACACGUUUUUCAAAAAGCCGAAUCUGACGCGCGUGGACCUGUUCGGCAACAAGAUCUCGUCGUUGACGCCAAACGCGCUACGCAUCACUUCGGUGGCGAGCUCAAAGCCGCUGCCGGAGUUCUUCCUCGGUGGCAACCCGUUCCAGUGCGACUGCGCGCUCGAGUGGCUGCAGCACGUAAACGUCGCGGGCGCGCGCAACCAGCCGCGCGUCGCCGACCUCGAGUCGCUGUACUGCAGCCUGGUGUACGACCGCGGACACGCGUACGUGCCACUGGUGGAGGCGUCGCCGUCGCAGUUCCUGUGCCAGUACGAGACGCACUGCUUCGCGCUGUGCCACUGCUGCGACUUCGACGCGUGCGACUGCGAGAUGACGUGUCCGCUCAACUGCACGUGCUACUACGACCAGGCGUGGUCGGCCAACGUGGUCGACUGCUCGGCCGGCAACCACACGGCCCUGCCAACCAAGAUCCCGAUGGACGCCACCCAGCUGUACCUGGACGGCAACUCGUUUGCCGACGGGCUGCCCAGUCACGCGUUCAUCGGCAGGAAGAGACUCAAGGUGCUCUAUCUGAACGGCUCGGAGAUCGCCGUGCUGCACAACAGGUCGUUCAACGGGCUGAAGGAGCUCAGGGUGCUGCACCUCGAGUCCAACCUGAUCACGCAGCUCAAGGGCAACGAGUUCGACGGCGGGCUGGGUGACAGUCUGCAGGAGCUGUUCCUCCACGACAACCGCAUCUCGGUCAUCCACGAAUCGACCUUCGCCGGCCUCAAGGAGCUGCGCAUCCUCAAGCUGGACGGCAACCAGCUGAGCAGCUUCGCCGUGUGGAAGCUUAGCGAGCUGCCGGCGCUCAACGUGCUGACGCUGGGCAGGAAUCCGUGGUCGUGCGAGUGCGACUUCAUCCAGGACGUGCAGCCGUGGCUGGCGCACGUGGACAUGGUCAAGGACGAGCUGACCUGCUUCAACGGCACCGAGGACGCCGUGCUGCUCGUGACGGAGCCGGAGUGCGCCAACCGCACCGAGAGCAGCACGCCGGCCGCCACCGCCGAGAACCCGACCUUCGAGCACAAGACCAUCCUGACGCAGCACCUGGACCAGCUGCCCGUGCUGGCCGGGUGCGCGCUGGCCGUGCUCGUGUUGCUGAUCGUGAUCGUGCUCGUGUUCGUGUACCGCACCGAACUCAGGGUGGUGUGCUACUCCAAGUACGGGGUGCGGCUGUGCCAGAAGGCGGCCGCCGAGCCGGCCGUGUUCGACGCCUUCGUCAGCUACAGCUCCAAGGACGAGGCGUGGGUGCUGGAGGAGCUGGCGCCGGUGCUCGAGCGCGGCGACCCUCCGUACCGACUGUGCCUGCACUACCGCGACCUGCCGGUCGGCGCGUACCUGGCCGACGCAAUCGUGCAGGCGGUCGAGUCCUCGCGGCGCACGAUCAUGGUGCUGUCCGAAAAUUUCAUCCGCUCUGAGUGGUGCCGCUUCGAGUUCAAGUCGGCGCACCACCAGGUGUUGCGCGACCGCAGACGCCGCCUCAUCGUGGUGCUGCUUGGCGAGAUUCCGCACAGGGACCUCGACCCGGACAUCAGGUUGUACCUGAAGACCAACACCUACCUGCAGUGGGGCGACAAGCUGUUCUGGGAGAAGCUGCGAUACGCGCUGCCCGACGUGCCCAACAACCAACGCAGAAACAACCUGGCCGCGGCGGCGGCCGCCGCGGCAGCGCCCAUGCCGCUCAGUCAGCGCCCGCCCAGCAACAACUCGAACCUGCACAGGCACAACCAGCAGCAGAACACCACCUCAGUCGCCAUUCAUAUCUAGUGUGCUUCCUUUUUUAAUUGUAAUACGGAAAAUAAUUAAUUUUAUAAAAUACAUAUAAACGACGACGACGAGAGAGAGCAGUAUUUUUUAAUUGUGUUUUAAUUUGUGCGCGAGUGACUUGUGAUAAAUAAGACUGCAGAGCUUCGACCGCGACUGCUGAUUAGCGGAAAGUUUGCACGACUGAAUUUUGAACACCAUUGUUUCUGCCGACAUUUAUUAAAAUUUAUAAAAUUUUAUUCCGCACAGUAAUUUAUAAUUUAUAAAAUUUUAUUCACUUCGUUAAGCAUUUCUACAAGCAGAAGCAUGGUUUUCGCUUUUUCAAUCGUUGGACUUUCCAAACAGCAAUCUGAUUAUAAAAUAACAACUUAUUAGUUAAGGGCCGAAGAGAAUCAAAAUUCAAGCGUCUCUCUCCUGUGUACAAAAUUAAUUUAUUGUUUGUUUCGUUGACGAAAAAUUCUAAUUGACUUUACUGUGAUUUUUUAAUGUUGGCUGAAAAUUGAUGUUAGACCGAGUAUGAGUUUGUUUUGACCGUUGCAAGUCGUAUGUGCUCGCCUUUUCGCAUGAGAGGAUUCCCCAGUUUUGUGAUAUGAAAACCAAGACUAUAGAAUAUUGCUUCCUUGAAAUGGAAUUGAACCUAUUUCCUGGCAGCGUGUAUCUGCACAGACUUUAGCGAGCGUCCAACACCUGCUACUGCCUUCGAGUUUCCCUCUUUUGUGCCUUCCUUGUCCCCAGAAGCAGAAUAACUUUUUGUACACUGACCAUCGCAUUUUUUUCUCAUCAAAGGUGCUUGCAGUGCGUCGCGCAAUGUGAAAUAAAAUUCUUUGUGAAACGAAA